AGAAAUAAUAAUGGCUUACAUUGGAUUAUCACAACACAUUGAUUUUAAUAAACUUUCCGUUCCGACUGAGAGAUUUGAGCUCCAGCAUCUGAUAGGAGAAGGAACGUACGGUGAAGUUUAUUGCGCAAAAGAUCAUGUUUCGGGAAAAGGUGUCGCAAUUAAGAUUCUCGAAUCAAUCACAGACAACUUGGAAGAAAUCGAAGAAGAAUUUCUUGUGCUUAAAGAUUUAUCAAAAGGUCACGAUAAUCUUCCUGAAUUUCAUGGAAUUUUCCUCAAGAAAGGAAAACAUCCAGAAGAAGAUCAACUUUGGUUUGUUAUGGAACUCUGUACUGGAGGGUCAAUCACAGAUUUAGUUCAUGAAUUACGACAGCGAAAUUCUCGUCUUAAUGACAAUCAAAUCGCUUACAUCCUGAGGGAAACAGUCAAAGCUUUAAUUUAUCUUCAUGAAAACCACUGCAUGCAUAGGGACAUCAAAGGUCACAACAUUCUGUUGACCGAAAGAGGUGACGUUAAGUUGGUAGAUUUUGGUGUCAGCUCUCAUUUAGCAGCUACAAUGGCGAGAAGAAACACGUCCGUUGGUACACCAUUUUGGAUGAGCCCCGAAGUUAUUGCAUGCGAACAGCAACUCGAUCAAAGUUAUGAUUCAAGAUGUGACGUUUGGAGUUUGGGAAUACCCGCCAUUGAACUUGCUGAGGGUGAUCCACCGCUUUGUGACUUGCAUCCAAUGAGAGCUCUUUUUCAAAUACCCAGAAACCCUCCACCAACUCUCGUUCAUCCCGAUCAAUUCUCUCCUUUGUUGUCAGACUUCAUAUCUGAGUGUCUCGUGAAGGAUUUUGAAGAACGACCUUUUUCUAAAGAACUUUUGGAUCAUCCAUUUCUUAAGAAUAUUAAUGAAAGUCUUGCGCGAAAAGAUCUUAAACAAGAAAUUGAACGACAAAGAGCUGAAGGUCGUGGAACGACACGACCAGCGGAAGCGACAACCAAAUAUGGGAAACUUAAAUCCGAUCGAAAAUCAAAACCGGAAAAAAUGUUGAUUGACGAUUUAGCGGCAUUAGAAGUUUUAUCAGAAGAGACAAUAGUCAAACAGUUACGGAAACGGUUCGAAUCUGAUCAAAUUUAUACAAACAUUGGUGAUAUUUUAAUAGCUGUAAAUCCAUUCGAAAGUCUCGGCUUAUACACUCAAAAGUAUCAAAGAAAUUAUUGUGGGAAAUCAAGAGCUGAUAAUUCCCCACAUAUUUUCGCGGUUGCUGACACAUGCCAUCAAACUUUAAUUCAUCAAAAGCAAAACCAAGCAAUUGUUAUCUCUGGCGAAAGUGGCAGUGGCAAAACUGAGAGUGCAAAUUUACUUUUGAAACAGUUGGUGUUUUUGGGUCAAGCUCCCAAUCGCAACAUGUUGGAGGAAAGAAUUCUUCAAGUUAAUCCAAUAAUGGAAAGCUUUGGAAAUGCUAGAACUGGUAUAAAUGCGAACAGCAGUCGAUUUGGAAAAUACUUGGAGUUGACGAUGACACGAAAUGGUAAAGUCACUGGUGCGCGUAUUUCUGUUUAUCUUCUAGAACAGAGUCGAGUCGUACAACAGAGUGAAAAUGAAGGAAAUUUCCAUAUUUUCUACUACAUGUAUGACGGUCUGGAAGCAGAUGGCAAGCUACAAGACUAUCAUCUCGAUGUUAGAUUUAGAAAACAUCACAAAUACCUUAAAGAAACUUGUUCAAAUCCCAAAGCAAAUCAAGAAAAAUGGAAGCAAUUGAAGUCAAGUUUUAAAGUCUUAGGCUUUAAAGAAGACGAUGUUGAUUCAGUGAUUCGAGUAUUAGCUGCGAUUUUAAAUUUAGGUGACUUGCAUUUCACUGAAGUUGUAACGAACGACAACACUGACAAUAAAGCAAGAGUUGUUGACAUGGCACCGCUUCAUCGAGUGUCAAAACUGCUUGGAGUUGAAUCAUCGGAGUUGUUGGAAUCGUUGACGUCAAAUUCCGUUGUUACGCGAGGCGAAACAAUAAUUAAAAACAACACAGUAGAAGAAGCGUCGGCUGCUAGAAAUGCUAUGGCAAAAGCUUUGUAUGGACGUUUAUUUGACUGGAUGGUAAAUCAAAUUAACACGUUGUUGGUGUUUAAUCGUCCGAACAUGCAAGAACCUUUAUCGAUAGGACUUUUGGAUAUUUUUGGUUUUGAGAACUUUGGUAAAAAUAGUUUCGAGCAGUUGAUGAUUAAUAUUGCAAAUGAACAGAUUCAAUAUUACUUCAAUCAACACAUUUUCACUUGGGAACAACAUGAAUACAUGUCAGAAGGGAUUCCUGUUGAUUUGGUGGAAUUCUCUGACAACCGACCAGUUCUUGACAUGCUUUUGUCACGCCCUUUGGGACUUCUAGCACUUCUUGAUGAAGAAAGUCGUUUCCCAAAGUCAUCUGAUCGAACAUUAACCGACAAGUUUCAUGGCAACAUUAAAUCAAAAUAUUAUCAAAGACCGAAAUCUGAUGCGAUGUGCUUUGCAAUUCAUCAUUUCGCCGGGCGUGUUGUUUAUCAAGCAGAUGGGUUUUUAGAGAAAAACAAGAAUUUCUUGCCAGCUGAAGUUAUUCAUCUUGUUAGACAAAGUCAAUAUGACAUGAUUCGUUUCUUGUUCCAAUGUCCAAUAACUAAAACUGGAAAUCUUUAUUCAGCACUUCAAGAUACGGGACAAGUCAAAGGAAAUUUUAGUAAUAAUCUGAACAGUCACUUUAUGAAAAUUGAUACAAAAGAACGAUUCAACAGUCGCGGUUUGGCUUCUCAAAGUCGCGCUCAACAAACAGUUGCAACUUACUUUAGAUUUUCGCUUAUGGACUUGUUACAGAAAAUGGUUUCCGGUCAACCUCAAUUUGUGAGAUGUAUCAAACCAAACGACAUUAAAGCAUCAAAGAAUUUUGACGAGAGUAAGGUCAUUAAACAGUUGAGAUACACUGGAGUUUUGGAAACAAUUAAAAUAAGACAAAACGGCUUCAGCCACCGUCUAUUGUUCUCUGAUUUCUUGAGAAAAUAUUCAUUUUUGGCGUAUAGCUUCAAUGAGCGUGUUAAGGUUAACAAAGAAUGUUGUCGGCUUCUUCUUGUGAGGCUUAAAAUGGAUGGAUGGGCGCUAGGAAAGUCAAAAGUUUUUCUCAAAUAUUAUCACAUUGAAUUCUUGUCAAAAGUUUAUGAAGAACAAAUAAGGAAAAUCAUUUUAGUGCAAGCUUGUGCUCGUCGAUGGCUUGCAAAUCGUCAUUUCAUGAAAUUGAAACGAGAACAGGAAUUGAGUGCUUUGACGCUUCAAAAGCAUGUUCGUGGGUGGCUUACGAGAAGAAGAUUUGAACUCAUGAGAGAGAAGAAAAUUCGGGAAAAACUCGAGAAAGAAAGAAAAGACAGAGAAAAUAGAAUUUCAAUCACGCCUUUCAUUAGUCGCGAAGCACUUUUGAGGAAACUUGAGUCACAAGAUAGAUCGCAUGAGAAAGAAAAUCGUGCAGCAGUUGUCAUACAAACAUAUUUCCGCGGAUAUACUUUGAGAAAACACAAAUUUUCACCUGAGAUGGAGGCAAAAAUGAAAAUAAUUCUAAACACUGCCAGAUCAAGACACGAUGCUCAAAAGAUGAUGCAAAAGGAGAAAUUUAAGGAUGAAGACAUCGUCAGAAUAUUACAAAAAUAUUACACACGAGGAUCGCGUGAAUUAAUUUCAUGCAGCAGUCCAUCAGAUCGUAAAUCAAUGUCAGAUGAGUCAUCGAGACGAUCAAGAGAUCAUCAACUUGAGCUACUUAACUUCGCUCAAAAACUUCACAUAUUGAACCAAAAUGUCCACAAAAAUUUACGAAAUAAUAAAUCAGGAAUUCCUUUAAGUAGAAUUGGCGACGUUCCACGUGAUUAUCGACGUCCACCGGGAUUUUCUAUUGUUCCGAAUCUUUUGGGAACGAAUCAACACUUAAUGAAUGCUGUGAGAAGUCCUUCAAAGACCGAGAUGAAUGAACAGAUGAGUCCAAUGUCGGACUUUGAUUUUGAAUCCCCUUGGGAUUAUCCUCUUCGUAAAGUUGAUAAAAGGAAUAGAAUUGAAAGAGGCAACUCGAGUGAUGACUACGUCAGUGGCAGUAUGAGCGAAAUGAAAACUUCUACAAACUGGUACAAUUUCAUGCCAAGCAAUCCUUACAUUAAUAGCAGACAACAUUCAAAGGAAAACCUUAAAGCUGCUAACAGGCCCCUCUCCAAUGAAUAUUUCCGAAAUGUUGCAGCUUUCAACUAUUUGCAACCAAAUGCAUUGAACGAAAAUAAAGUUUCAUCGUUGAGUGGUGACUCAAGGCAUCUCACAAAACUCUAUCAAGAACAGUUAUAUAAACAACAACAAUAUCUCGCGAGUAAAAAAGAAACCGAAAAGAAAAACAAGAAGAAUAAGAAAAAUAAGAGUAAGAGUAAUGUUCAAGACGAUCGAAUACUUCACAAUUCAAAUAAAGAACAGCCGGCUAAAAGAUAUAACAUUCCUUCAAAUCAUGAAUAUCAAAAUAUUGUGGAAGACGGUGGGGGAGUCAUAAAAUUCCGAGAAAAGAAGAAGACGAAUGAUUACAAUGGAAAGAAUUAUACAAAGAAGUCUUGUUGUGCGAUCCAAGAUGGAAUUUAUGUAUUUAACAAUGUAAACAGUAAUGCCAGCAGCUUAACAUCGUUUGCUGAACUAGAACAGAAGAAGAAUAGCCCCGAUAUAGAUGUUCACACUAAUAAUAAGUUGAAACAUUUUAAUCUUUCGAGUUAUUUGAAUAUGGAUUUGAAAUCUUCUUCAUCUCAUGACAAUGAGUCACAGAGAAGUUCCGAUGACAAGUCGAGUAUCGACAAACAAACUCGAAGAAGCAGCAGCAAGUCUUCUUCUUUAUCCAACAAAUCGAAUGAUUCAGUCGAGAAAGCGAUCAUAUUGAAUGGACUUAGAAAUUCGGAAGAAAAGACAAAUUCGUAUCUGGGACCUUUCAACUUUCGCAAGUUGCUGAAACCAACUGGAGUUGCACCUACGGAAAGCUUAAGAAAAAGAAAAAUGAUUCUUCUAAACACGUCUCCCCCACCUGAUAAAAAUUUAAAAACUAAUUGUCAUUAAUCUUUAACAUAAACUUUAAUUAAAUAAACU